AUGGACGUCGGCGCAGAUAGCGGGCCGAAAAUGUACGACGAACGGUCUCCUUACGAUCGUUCUUACGUACGUAGCUCUUUACACAGGAUAGUGAAGGCAUCUUGGAAAGCGGUCACGUACGACAUUGUAAUCCCUAUCGCGUGUAUCGAAACACAUCCAACCACUUCACCCCCCGGGGAGAAGAGCAGAGAAGAAAGCUUCUAUGGGCUUCGUAACGGAUGGAGGGUGUGUUCAGCAGAUUUCGGAUGCCGCGUUAACUCAGCGGCUGCAAUUUCUCGAAAAGAAGCAGUCAGCAGUGGGGAGAGGCGAGACCGUGAAUGGGAAAGACCGUGCCGCACG